AUGACUCAAAGCAACAACCAUCAUCGCCGCACCUCCUCGGGCUCCAAUGUCCCUAAGCUGAGGACCUCCCGGCCGGCUCUACAUCGGAAAGGCACAUCCUUUGUGAACCACUCCAUCUCCAAACUAGGCUCUGGACAGAUCACCAAGCAGUUUGAAUCGGAGGACGACCAGCAGCCCGAAAUGGCGGCCAGUUUUCUCAACUUUUGCGCCAUGUGCGAGAAACAGAUAACAGUGCCUGACAACUCCCUCCUAUAUUGCAGCGAAAGCUGUCGUCGCAAAGACUCCCACAAACCCCUUUCCGCCUCCUUCUCAUCAAACUCCUCGAUGUCUUCUACAACCACUCCUCCUACCUCCCCCCCUAUGUCACCUCGGAUAAUUGUAGCACCCAUGACUCCCACGCGUGGUGCCCUCAGAUCGUCCAUCUCCUCCAGGAUACCCGGCGAAUGGAAUGAUGCCAAAACGGAUCAGGAUCCCUCCGAAUGGAAGCCAGUGAUACCAAUGGGAUCUGGUGCAAGCUCCCUGGCUUCCUCGGAAGCCUGGCAAUACCUGUCCCAGUUUCACGGUGAUGAUGCCGUGAUGCCUGCCCGUCGCCCCCGGUUCGAACACCGUAGUUCGACAAGCCUGUCGACGCUCAUGAGUGCUACGGGACCUGUCCCAUCACUCAUGCACACCCCGUCUACCGCUGCAUCGUCGUUCAGCAGCAAUGGGUCGGACUAUAUGAGCUAUGUGCAUGACACGGCCUACCGCCCACUGCCCCCUCGGCACAACCCCUACUUCUCUGGCUGCUCAAGUGCCACGAAAGGGGUUGAACUGGUUGUGCCUCAUGUGCAUAUCCCCGCGGAAGAUGUUUCCGCUGUUGACAUUUCCAACGACGGGUCGAUCUUUCCUGCCAGCAGUGCGCUGUGGGAUGAGAAGCCUAGUGGAAAGGCACCUAGCUUGAGUACGGUUCUGGGUUCCUCAAACUCUGAUGUACCUGCCCGUUCCCUGGAGGAGUCUUCAUGA